UUUUCUGCGAGAGGAAGCGAACGCUAUACUCGGAGCGUCUGCGGCAAUUCUAGCUUCUAGUGCAAGUUAGUUAACAAGCGAACGUCGCCAAUGUAAACAUCACACGGUAAACAGAGCAUAUCGUGCACACUUGAUCCUCGCGACGCAACAGACAUAUACCUGCCUAUUAGAAGCGACGCGAUACCUUAGUGCACGGGUGUGGAAAAUUUUCAAACAAUACAAGUUUACAUCAAUUUUCAGUGAUAUAAAAUGGACGGGUUCCACGAUCACCUCUUGCUCUAUGAUGUCGAAACACCUAAGAAAUCAUACAUAUACAAAGAAUUUAAGAAAGUUUACAAAGCGCUACCUCAAACAUUGCAACGAAGACUCGCAUUACUGCAGAAAAUUACGCACAGACAGUUUCGCCUCGAUGCCAAGUUUCAGAUAAGAUUGUAUAUGCUUGAAGCCGAGUAUCAUAAUCACUGCGCGAUUUAUCAUCAACGAAGAAACGAAAUCAUCUCUGAUAUCUACGAGCCGACGGAUGAGGAUUGUACCUUCGAGGGCAACGAUGAAGAGAAAGCUAAAGAUAAGGAAAGCGAGGACGUAAUUGUUACAUUCAAAGGCAUUCCUGGUUUCUGGAUGAAGGUAUUUCUGAAUUGUCCCUUUUUGGAAGGUAUAACUAAAAAGUGCGACGAACCAAUUCUGCUACACCUGUACGACAUCAGAAUUACAUACUUGGCGAACGAUAGCGUUGGUUUCGUGCUGGAAUUCUACUUUUCUCCGAACGAUUACUUUUCCAAUUCAGUUCUGACCAAGAAGUAUUACAUGAAGUCUGUACUCACGAGACAGGAUCUCAGCAAGUACGAAGGACUAGAAAUUCAUAAGUCCGAAGGUUGUUUGAUAGACUGGAAGCCGGGCAAGGAUGUGACAACGAAAACGGUCGUCGAGGAACAGACAGACAGCAAUGGACUUGCCAGGACUAAGACAGUUCCAAAUAAAUCGUUCUUCAAUUUUUUCUGUCCACCAGUUGUGGAAAAGGAAGAAACAAUAGACAACAAGAAAAGAAUCUUGCUAGACGCGGAUUUCGAAAUCGGCUAUCGCUUCAAGGACGAUAUAGUUCCCAAAGCCGUCUUAUUCUUCACAGGCUAUUAUUUGAAAGCCAACGAGCGAUCAUUGGAGGAUGGGCAUCCGAGAAUUCAUAAACCGCAAUGUAAGGCGAUGAACAUGUAUACGAUUUAAUUUAUCCGUAGUGAUUCGCUUAUUUCGAAUACUUCGUACAAAAUACACAGACUUUACUGCAUAAA